ACUGGGUGUGGCUAUAGUCAUAUUGAAAGUGAAAGCUGAAAAAAACUCACAAAGCUUGUCCUUCAUGCCUCGCGUGUCAGUUUUCUCGUCGUUCUGUUCAUUUGAAGAGCAUUUACACAAGUAAACAUGCCUUCAGUGAUAAGGCAAUUUACUGCGCUUUCUCUCCUAAUCCUUGCUGUGAGGCCAGAUGGAGAAUUGUUGGAUCUGAAAUGCCAACCCACAGUUGGAAUUGUGGCGCAGACAACAGACAUCAGAUGUCAAUACAAAGACAAUGGGGAUACCAAUAUAGUUGGAGUUUUCUUAAAGAAAUCAACAGAGGAAAAUUCCAUUUUUCAAAUGUAUGGAAAUAAGAUAUAUGGGGAUAAACGAUUUACUCUUGAAAACCCAAGAAACGGUCCAUCCUUGAAAAUCACCGACACAAUGUUUUCUGAUGAGGGUAAUUAUGAUUACCGUGUUGUAACAGACCGAGGUGAACAAACGAUACGGCUUUCCAUUACUGUCACAGCCAACUACAGUGCUCCCGUCACCAGCACAUGGCCUGAAACUCUAAUAAAUGGAGGACCCGCUGACCUUUACUGUAAUGCUACUGAAGGCUACCCAGCAGGCUACAUCCACUGGUUUGACAAAACUGGAACUAACUGGACCAUUAACUCAGUCCUGAGAAAAGUUCCAAAAGACACCAAUGGCAGGAAAUCUGUGGCAUUGUCUAGUAAACUGACUUUUAAGUCUAUCAACAAGGACCUGGAACCGUUUAUAUGCAUUGUGUUCAACAGCAAACAUGUACAAGAUGGAAAAAGCACAAUAAAAUCUCCUAUAUUUUCUCCUGAGGAUCCUGAGAAGAAUGUUUUGGAACCUGAUACAACAAAGAUUAUUGCUGGUGGGAUGGUCAUUGGAUCUCUUAUUGUUGGUCUUCUGUUUGCUCUGUUGUUUUUCAGAAGAAAAAGAAGUUUUCAUGAUCAGAGACGAUCUUCUGCCCAACCUUUUCUAACAGACUAUGCGAAAACAGCAGAAGAUGAUCCAGAAAAUCCAUGAAAAGAGCAGCAGGACUGAGCAUCCAGGCUUCACUAUCAUCAUGUGAAAUUAAAACUAACCCCUUGUUUUCAUACUGAGGUCGCUUCAGAUGCUUUUUAUAUUGUGUGGUAAUACAUAAUGUAAUGUCAUGCCUUUAAGACUAAAAUGACAAAUUACUAGCAAAUGCAGUUUACCCCUACAAUAAGAAAUAAGGUCUGUAGCUCCACACUGAGAAUUUAAGAGAUCAGUUAAAAACUAAGGAAAUAUUUUCUCAAUUUGUAUUUUUAUGUCUGUCAGAAGUCAUUUGAAAUGAAAUACAUGUUAUUUACUUUUAAAACAGACUUUUAAAAUUAUUAAAACACAAAUUUGAUGUUAUUACUUUUUUUUUUUUGCAGAGUUUAUAAUCACAUAGUCACACAUUUAUACCACAGGCAAAGGCUACACACACUUACAUACAACUACAUGUAAUUACUGUAAUGCUGCCAUUAGAUCACUUGUCACAAAUUCUUCAACACAUCUAUUACUGCUGUUUUCCACAUUUGUAGAUCUUUGUAAUUCAAAAGUGAAAAGAAUCACUGCAUUAUUUGUAUUUUGGUGAUGUUUCCAAUUGGGACAAUAACUUUGACUGUAACUCUGUGCCAAUUACAAAUUGUGGCUUUAAGGGUAUGAAUGUUUGUAUAAUUUCUUGAUUCUGAUCUUGAAUCUUUUAAUUGUUUGUAAAAAUUUAAAUAAGAACAGGUCAUCAGAGAUUAUUAAUACAUUAUUAUUGGGAUGUUUUGUUAUCACUUUGAAUCUGUAUGCAUUUUCAUCUUUAAGUGUUUCAAGUAUUUAUGUUUUGUGUUUAUAUGUCAUUAAACGAAAAGAAAAACA